UGGAAUUCCGGAAACUCGCAAAUCUGGGUUUGAAACCAUGAGCUCCGUGGCUGUGCUGACACCGGAGAGCUUCGCCGAGCACCGCAGUGGGCUGAGGGACGAGGAGAUCGCAGGGGGCGCCCCAGAGGAUGAGGCUUAUAUCCCCACCUACCUGGAGGCCUUCCCCCCCCUGCCUGAGAAAGGGGCGCCGGGGGAGAAGUCCAACGAGCCCUCGGGGGCCUGGAGCAAGAUCCGGCCCAUCAAGUCCUCCGUCAUCACCCAGGUGUUUCACGUCCCUCUGGAGGAGCGCAGGUACAAGGACAACAGCCAGUUUGGAGAAGGCGAGGAGGCCAAGGUGUGCCUGGACAUCAUGCAGAAGACGGGGGCUCACAUCGAGCUGUCCCUGGCCAAGGACCAGGGGCUGUCCAUCAUGGUGACCGGCAAGCUGGACUCCGUCAUGAAAGCCCGCAAGGAGAUCGUCGCUCGGCUUCAGACCCAGGCUUCAGCCACCGUCACUAUCCCCAAGGAGCACCAUCGCUUCGUCAUCGGCAAGAACGGAGAGAAGCUGCAGGAGCUGGAGCUGAAGACGGCCACCAAAAUCAACAUCCCGCGGCCUGAUGACCCCAGCAACCAGAUCAAGAUCACUGGCACCAAGGAGGGCAUCGAGAAGGCCCGGCACGAGAUCCUGCUCAUCUCUGCAGAACAGGACAAGCGGGCUGUGGAGCGCCUCAGCCUGGAGAAGGCCUUCCACCCCUUCAUCGCAGGCGCCUACAACAAAACGGUGCAGGAGAUCAGCAUGGAGACGGGUGCCCGCAUCAACAUCCCCCCGCCCAGCGUCAACAAGGACGAGAUCAUCAUCACCGGGGAGAAGGAGCCCGUCGCGCAGGCUAUCGCUCGCAUUCGCGCCAUCUACGAGGACAAGAAGCGAAAGACGACGACGAUCUCGGUGGAGGUGAAGAAGUCCCAGCACAAGUACAUCAUCGGGCCGAAGGGGAACACGCUGCAGGAGAUCCUGGAGACCACGGGGGUGUCCGUGGAGAUGCCGCCGCUGGACUCCGGCUCCGAGACCAUCAUCCUGCGAGGCGAGCCCGACAAGCUGGGCCCGGCACUCACGCAGGUGUACGCCAAGGCAAAGAGUGUGAUGGUGGCUGAAGUAACUGCUCCAGCUUGGCUUCAUCGCUUCAUCAUCGGUAAGAAAGGACAGAACAUCGGACGCAUCACCCAGCAGCUGCCCAAGGUCCACAUUGAGUUCACAGACGGAGAUGAAAAAAUCACACUGGAGGGCCCUACGGAGGAGGUGGAACAAGCACAAACUCAGAUCCAGGACAUCAUUAAAGAUCUGCUGGUUAGGAUGGACUAUACAGAGGUCACCAUUGACCAGCGCUUCCACAGGCACCUUAUCGGCAAGAACGGGGCCAACAUUAACCGCAUCAAGGAGCAGUACAAGGUGUCGGUGCGGAUCCCCCAGGACAGCGAGCGCAGCGGGCUAGUGCGCAUCGAGGGCGACCCCCAGGGGGUGCAGCUGGCACGCCGCGAGCUCAUGGAGAUGGCGGCCCGGAUGGAGAACGAGCGCACCAAGGACCUGAUCAUCGAGCAGCGAUUUCACCGCACCAUCAUCGGGCAGAAGGGGGAGAAGAUAAAGGAAGUCCGGGACAAGUUCCCUGAGGUCAUCAUCAACUUCCCCGAUCCAUCGCAGAAGAGCGACAUUGUGCAGCUGCGUGGGCCCAAGAACGAGGUGGAGAAGUGCUCCAAGUACCUGCAGAAGGUCAUCAUAGAGCUGAUCGACCUGCCCACGGAGAACAGCAACUCGGAGGUCAUCGUCAUCACGGGCAGGAAGGCGAGCUGUGAGGCGGCACGCGACCGCAUCCUGGCCAUCCAGAGAGAGCUGGCAAACAUCAAGGAGGCGGAGGUGUCGAUCCCGUCCAAGUUGCACAACUCCCUGAUCGGGGCCAAGGGGCGGCUGGUGCGCUCCGUCAUGGAGGACUGCGGGGGCGUGCACAUCCACUUCCCCUCCGAGGGCUCGGGCAGCGACAAGGUCACCAUCCGCGGGCCCUCGGACGAGGUCGAGAAGGCCAAGAGGCAGCUGCUGCAGCUGGCUGAAGAGAAGCAAAUCAACAACUUCACAGUGGAACUGCAGGCCAAGCCCGAGUACCACAAGUUCCUGAUCGGCCGGGGCGGUGGGAACAUCCGAAAGGUGAGGGACCGCACCGGCGCCCGCAUCAUCUUCCCCUCCGCCGACGACCACGAGCAGGAGCUGAUCACCAUCGUGGGCCGGGAGGAGGCUGUGCGGCAGGCGCAGCGGGAGCUGGAGACGCUGAUCAAGAACCUGGACAACGUGGUCGAGGACACGAUGGUGGCCGACCCGCGUUACCACCGGCACUUCGUGGCGCGGCGCGGGCAGGUGCUGCGGGAGAUCGCGGAAGAGUACGGCGGCGUGACGGUCAGCUUCCCCCGCACCGGCGUGCAGAGCGACAAGGUCACGCUCAAGGGGGCCAAGGACUGCGUGGAGGCGGCCAAGAAGCGCAUUCAGGAGAUCAUCGAGGACCUGGAGGCUCAGGUCACUGUGGAGUGUGUGAUCCCCCAGAAGUAUCACCGUGCUGUGAUGGGGCCAAAGGGAUCCCGCGUGCAGCAGAUUACCCGUGAUCACGACGUGCAGAUCAAGUUUCCCGAGCGCGAGGAGAGCCUGGGUGUGGAGCAACACCCUCAGGAAAAUGGCGAUGUCAGUGCGGAGUUGGACCUUCUGCCGAAGAAGUCCGAUAUCAUUGUGAUCUCCGGACGCAAGGAGAAGUGUGAGGCGGCGAGCGUGGCUCUGCUGGCCCUGGUCCCGGUGACAGUGGACGUGGAGGUGCCCUACGAUCUCCACCGUUACAUCAUCGGCCAGAAGGGCAGUGGCAUCCGCAAGAUGAUGGAGGGUUACGAGGUGAACAUCUCGGUGCCCCAGCCGGAGCAGCAGUCGGACACCAUUAAGAUCACGGGCCAGGUGGCCAACGUGGAGCGCGCCAGGCUGGGCCUGUUGGAGCGGGUCAAGGAGCUGCAGGCGGAGCAGGAGGACAGGGCUCUGCGGAGCUUCAAGCUGACCAUCUCUGUGCAUCCCAAGUACCACCCCAAAAUCAUCGGGCGCAAGGGGGCGGUCAUCUCGCAGAUCCGCAAGGACCACGACGUUAAUAUCCAGUUCCCAGACAAGGGCGACGAGCAGCAGGAUCUGAUCACCAUCACGGGGUACGAACGGAACGCGGAGGCGGCAAAGCAGGCGAUCGAGCGGCUCGUGGCCAACCUGGAGGAGAUGGUGAGCGAGGACAUCAAGCUGGACCACCGCGUCCACGCCCGCAUCAUCGGGGGCCGGGGGAAGGCCAUCCGCAAGCUCAUGGAGGAGUUCAAGGUUGAUAUCCGGUUCCCCCAGCCAGGCUCCGAGGAUCCGGACCGGGUGACAGUGACGGGGCUCCCCGAAAACGUGGACAACGCCAUCGACCACCUGCUCAACCUGGAGGAGGAAUAUAUGAUGAACGUGACAGAGACGGAGACCAUGGCUGCCUAUAUGAAGCCCCCCUCCCGCAGCGAGGACGACCACAGGGGUCCAGCCAAAGGUUUUGUGGUACGGGACGCCCCCUGGAAUGUCCCAGGAAACAAGGCCCCAGACAUGAGCAGCGCAGAGGACUUCCCCACCUUCGGCACCGGAGUCGCCCCCAAACAGAUGUCCGCCUGGGGCCCCAAGAAGUUCUGAGAGCGUGGGGAGGUUGGGGGGGAGAGACAGCACCAGAACGUGGAACCCACCUGCUUGGGCCGGGGCUCUGCAGGCACAGACGGUUCCCCCUCCUCUCCCUCCAUCUCUGUCCAUCCUGAUGCCAGCACUCGGCGCCUCCAUCCCAUCAGAGCCACCAGGAAGGGAGAGGGAGUGCCCAUCUCUGCUCUGCCACCCUCCGCCUACCUGCCCACAGCCACGGAGAGUCGGGGUUCACCCCACCUCUGCAGAACAGGCCUGGGGAGCCUUCAGUUCUUUUAGUCCUUCAGCAGUGUCUCUGUCUUGCCGACGAGACGAGUUCCCCCAAACCAAGCGAGACAGCAGUCCUGAAUAGAGCUAUCCAGUGUCAUUCCUCCA